AUAAAAUCGUUUCGGAAUACAUAUAAUUUUGGCCUUGAAGUUUAUUUGCGAAGAACUAAUAAUGGAACUUGAUACAUGCUUCUUUAGCACAACUAAAUUUUCAGUUUUCAUGCUAAUAUGGCAAUUAAUGCAGAAGCACAAUAAAUUUCAGGAAUUGUGUACUGAUCAGCUCCAUAAAGUCAACGAUGUAGAAAGUAAGAUGGACAGCCUCCUGCUAUCCGACAUAUUCACACUCGAGGAUUAUCCAUUGAAUAACACAGAGGUUGAACUACUUUCAAACAACGUAAAUAAUAUUAAACAUCAAUAUGCUGAGAACAAGAAAAAGUUUGAGUCAGAAAUGAAGAGUAUUAUUGAGGAUUCUAAGAAAAUAGUGACAGAACUAGUUGAGAAAAAGAAGCAACUGAUGUACAGCUACAAUAAAAUACUCAUGCAUUUAAAACGUAAUUUAAUCCCUAGCAGAGAUGUCAAUCUGGAUCAACAUUGUGUGAGACCAAUCAUAGAAUUUCAAACAAAAUUCCAUAAAGAUGUAAGAAGUAUCCACGAUAAUGAAAAAUGGUUAAACACAUUUUUUAUGAUUUUGAGCACAAGUGGAUUGGGUCUUAUUUCUGCUGCGGGAUACUUACCACCUUGGCUAAAUUCAGUUCAUGAUACUAUUGAUGUAGAAGCUUUUAUAAAUGCGGACUUGGAAGCAACAUACAACUUCGGUAAGAUGUUCGUUCUUAAUAUUGGCAAAAGCUAUGAGAGCAAUCUUGGUGGCGAUGAUCAUGGUUCAGCAAAUACCUAGAAAUAAAUACAAUAUUUCACGUUUUUUGGUCCCCAUUGACUAUUUAACAAGCCGAAUCCUUUGUAAUAUUGGAAUAGAAAUUAUAUCGCAUGAAACCUUUAUUUUAAUCUUAAAUUUUAUUAUAUCAAAAUUAUUCUGAAUAAAUAACACAUAUACUAUAUAU